AUGUGCUGUCUGCAGUACUACGACGUUAGAAACAGAUGCGAAGGGAGCCUUUGCUAUGACUUCUCAAACAUGGAGGCAUUUUUGAACCAGAAAUCUGUUGGGGAUGCCCUUGGAGUUGGGAGUAUUGACUUUGCAUCCUGCAGUCCUACAGUGUAUCAGGCCAUGCUGGUUGACUGGACGAGGAAUCUCGAAGUUGGCAUUCCUGCUCUCCUUGAGGAUGGUAUCAAGCUUUUUGUAUAUGCUGGAGAAUGUGAUCUCAUCUGCAACUGGCUUAGCAAUUCGAGAUGGGUCCAUUCAAUGGAAUGGUCUGGUCAGAAGGAGUUUGUAGCAUCUCCUGAGGUUCCUUUUGUCGUUGAUGGCUCAGAAGCAGGAGUCUUGAAAACUUAUGGACCUCUUGGUUUCCUAAAGGUUCACGAUGCUUGUCACAUGGUUCCUAUGGACCAGCCAAAGGCAGCAUUGGAGAUGCUGAAGCGGUGGACUAAGGGUAAACUAUCUGAAGCUGCUGAUUUAGAGAAAUUGACCGCUGAAAUAUGA